AUACACAAUCACCUUGAAAAAUGUCUUACGAAGAUAAAUUCGAUGCAUCAUUAGAUCUUCUUAGACGAUUAGAUCCUCGUUCCAUCCAAACAAAUCUCAAUGAUAUCUGUACCCUCGUCGGUGACGAGGAACUCGUGCAGGAUCUCUUAUCGUCGGUAGAUACACCAUUAACCACGGCUCAAUGUGGAGAAACCGGGAAGAUGUACUUGUGUUGUGAUUAUAAUCGUGAUGGGGAUUCCUAUAGAUCACCUUGGUCCAAUAAAUAUUAUCCUAGCAUUUCUGGUGAUGAAUUGCCUCCUUAUCCUUCUGACUUGUUACGACAAUUGGAAAUCAAAGCUAAUGACAGUUUUGAUGUUUAUCGUGAUUUGUAUUAUGAAGGUGCUGGAGUUUCUUCUGUGUAUUUGUGGGAUACUGCUGAGGAUGAAAGUGCUGGAUUAGAAGAAGGAUUUGCCGGUGUGGUGUUGUUCAAGAAGGAAACUGAAGAUGGAUCAGGAAAAUGGGAUUCUAUUCAUGUGUUUGAAGUGAUUCCUCAAUCUAAAACCAGUAUUUUAUAUAAAUUGACUUCAUCUGUUAUUCUUGAUUUACAAAAAUCUCAAGGUUCAUCGUUAAGCUUAUCUGGAAAUUUGACCAGACAGUUGGAAACUUCCCAAGUUGUUGAAUUGGAAGGAGGUGUCAAUUUAGAAACUUUCCAUUUGAUUAAUUUAGGUACUUUGAUUGAAAAGUCGGAAUAUAAUAUUAGAAACUUGUUGCAAGAAGUUUACUUUGACAAAUUGAAGGAUAUAAUGUUGAAAGAUUUACGUUCUAUUGGAGAUAUUUCCGAUAAAAAAUUAGAAGAGUUAAGACAACAACAAAUUGUCAAAGGUUUACAAAGUUUAUAAAGUAUAGGUAUAAAUAAAUAUUCAUCAUUUUCUAUAAAUUGACAAGUCUAUCUUGAUAUCCUCGUCAUCGUCGUCGUCAUCGGUAACUACUGGCUCUAAUAAAUCUAAAUCAUCUUCACAUUCUGACAAAACUUCGGUCUGAGUUAUUGUCCGGUUCGUUAGAUCAUCCAAACUCGUUCCAGAUUCUAAAUUUUCUUUUGUUAUAUUAGUCAAUGUGGCCGUGUAAUCUUCAUCGGUUAAUGAGGAUAACACAUUAGCUUUUACGUCGUUCACAAACGACCAAAUGGACGAGGAAACUGUUUGAAUCAUAUCGUCAGUGACAAAAGAAUGCCGCUCGUGCGCUGGCGCAUCACUAGUAGACAAUCUCUUUGAUUUUCCCCUCAAGGGAGACGUGUUUGAUCCUAUGCUUGAGAAUGAACCUUGUGACAGACGGCUUCUAUGCGGUGUAAGAUGAUAUUGAGUAGAAUGUUGAGUAGGUUCAGGUACCAAUGAUUUUUCAAACUCUUGUUGUAGUAAGUUAUCAAGCAUAUUCAAUGGCUUGGAUAUUCCAUUCCAUAUUUUAUUUGCGGCAUUGGAUUCUUGAAGAAUGUGAGGUAGGUUAGGGUUUGGAGAUGUAAGACCUUUUGUCCUGGUCUGGAAAUUGUUAUUUUGGUGGAGUACUCUUUUGUCUUGGUUUUCUAUAGCAGAGCUUCUUAUUUCCUUAUGCAAUGAAGUUUGAAUAACUCGUCUCAACUUAUUCAACUCUUGUUCGUGAACUGAGAGUU